GAGUGUUUGAUUGAUGUACAAGUGACUGUGUGUAAUAAUACACAUCAUGUACACACACUCCGAUAAUGACCACUUAUAAUACAUGUCCCCAGGUUGAUGUUUGUGUGAUAACGUAGACUACACUUACAAGGGGCGGUGAAAUUUCUCGUAAACCUAUGACCCCAGGCUAGAGAGGGGCUACAUCCGUCUACCACCAAAACACACACAACAGGAAAACCGUAACAAGGCCGGCCCUGCUUAACUGAUUAUAGGGAAAUAUUUAUUGGAGUGAAUUGGUUGUUAGUGUUUGGGUCGAUGAGUACAAUGGGCCGUAGAUUGUCUGGGUAUUGAUUGUGUGAUCCUGGAGUCAUUGGGAAGUCAAACAGACUCAUUGUUUUUGUGAGGGGAGAGCUGUGACAUGGUUUCAGUGUUGUGAAAUAAGGCCAACUCUCUCUCACUCUGAGGCUGAAGAGUGUUGUGUAUUGUCAGAUUCUCUGUGUUGUCAGUCACUGUUGUUAACAGUCACUGUUGUCACUGAACUGUUGUUCCUGUAAUUACAACCCCUGACGUUUGUAGUUGUUCUGACUAACUGCCUCCCCUCAGUAAAGACAGGUACCCCAGGAUUCAGUGUGUGAUUGAGGUGUAAACUGGUGCAUGUCCAGACUUCCGUGCUGGUUAACAUCUCGCAGCCUCACUAAGUGCCCUGGAUAUAUUGUGCAUCAUGUCUUACGCUGAAUUAAUCACCAUGAGAAACCCAGUAGCUGUGAAUUUCAACAUACAUGAGGGGGGAAGAGUCACCUUUCAUCAGAGUUCCUUGUGGUUUUGAGUUUGCUGACUGUGUUGUUGUGGAGGUUUGAGUGAUAUUUCAUCAUCUUGGAUGUAUUGAAACUUGGUGAAGAAAUUCUCAAGCUGUUUCCUAGAAAGGUGAUAGAAAGCCUUGGCUUGGAGCGUAGCCCUGAUAACACGCGAUUUGUGGGGGGAAGUAAAAAGUCAUACUGAUCAAAAUUCUUGAUAAAGAACUUCAGCUGCAUCUGUGAUGCAGUUCUGAAAAUAUUGAAAUCUCCAAAGCAGGCGGGAAUUCUCUCUGUGUGUCUGACUUUCAGGGAGAGAGAGGGGUAGAGUGAGUGUGCCAAAGCCUGUACUGUAGUCCUGGUCCUCCAUGUUCAAAGGUGACAUUUUAUAUCAAAGCCCUCAUACAAUACACAAAAAGGAUUUUCUAGUGAGGGCUUCCGUGAUGAUCGAUUUCAGGGAGAUGUGCGAUAUUGAGGAUAAAUUACAUUUGGAAUUCACCCUUUGUGUAUUGGGCGUGCGUUGGUAAAGGAAAUACAAUUUUGUGUUUUCUUCCUGUAAAUUGAAGGAGGAUUCAGAACUUGCUGCCUAGAGUCAGGACUUGAGGAAGUGUCUGGCUGCUGUGUGUAGAUACAGAGUUAGGGGGUCAGUCUUCACGUACACAUCGCUGUGUUUACAUUGCCAGAGUAUCUCUCAUUCAUGAGUGGAUUGUUAGCAGUAUGAAUGACUGCAUCAAUGUACGUGUGAAUUAAGGGCCUCCUAUCUUAUUGAUUCCCGUGUAUUUGCAAAGUGGGCAGGAUUUAUCUGUCUGCUCACUUUUUGAUAUUAAAUAAAAAAGGGAUCUCUGUAACCACAAAACAUGCCUGCCCGACAGAGGACUUCUAUUUUCGCGUGCACACGGCCGAUGGACGUUGAUUUUGUUCCUGGAAAAAUUAAGAUCAUUGAUGUGAGGAGCCAGCUCAACGAACAACUAAAAUGUCUGGAGAGCCGACUGGAGGUCCAGGUUGCCAUGGUGACAGAACUACAGGACUUUUUCCGCCGGUUAUCUGAGGUGGAAAUGGAGUACUCCAGGAGUCUGGAAAAAUUAGUCAAAAACACAAAGUUAAAACAUCGGCAGGAAAAACAAAAACGAGAACACUGGGCGCUAUUUUCAACCUUCACCACAUGGCAGCAGGUUCUGGACAUCACAAAGAAAGAGUCACGGGACCAUCAGACGCUCAGCGAGAUCUAUGGCAACCAGAUGGUGCAGCGUUUCAACUCUAUCAUGGACAACUCACAGCGCAUUCACAAAAACUGCCAUGAGAUUGGGAUGGAGUGCCAUGAGGACAUUAUGAAGACAUUAACAGAAUUACAAAAUGCAAUGAAGACGUACCACACGUAUCAGGCAGAGAGCAUGCAGGCGGAGAGCAAGCUACGCGCCAUGGAGAGUCAGAAAAACAAGCUGGAGCAGCAACUCGCCGGCAAAAACAUCGCCACAAACCGAAAACUCAAAACCUUUACCAGGCAGACAGAGAAGAAGCAGAACAAAUACUCUGAGAACAAACUGAAGGCACUGAAGGCGAGAAACGACUAUCUGCUGUGUGUGGAAUCGGCCAACGCUGCAGUCGGGAAGUACUUCUCUGACGACAUCUCCGAUCUCAUUGAUUGUAUGGACUUUGGUUACCACAACUCGGUGCGUUGUACAAUGAUGAUGUACCAGUCGUGUCACAAGAACAUCAGUAAGACGCAUCAGAAUGCGAUAGAGGUCAUACAGAAGUGUGUCGGCGACCUUGAUGCUCAGUCAGACAAACAACGCUUCAUUGAGCUUUACAACUCAGCCUUCAUGCUCCCCAAGAAGUUUGACUUUCAGUCCUCUAAAGGGGACGAGCCGACGGCAGUGAUAUUCUGUGAGAAGUCGAGUGUACAACAAAUCUCCGCCCAGAAGCCGGUACAGGACGACAUUCUCCAGCGGUACAAAGCGAUCGGGAACCGACUGGUGGAACUCCGACUGGAGAACGACGAGACGUGGAAGACGAUGGAGGCGACGGAGAAAGCCCUGAACGACAUGAUUACCAUCCGCAACUAUGACGUGACCACGUUCUUCCAGGAGGAGAACCCGCCCCCCAAAUCUCCGCACGAGGCGGCGAAACAACGCGGCGAGUGGCUGGAGAUGGAAGCCUACUAUCUAGCUAAAUUCAGAAGGUACACUCAGAGCUGUAACCAAAUAGCCAGACUUCAGGGAAAGUAUGGAGCCAUCCAGAGGGCACUAGGGGACAACAUCUCUACCUCAGGCAGACCCCCAUCUCUUCCCCCCAAACCCAAAAAGAGGCGGAUCGGCCGUAGUCAGAUUGUGGGACAGCCGAAACUGUUUGGGGGAAGUCUGGAGGAGUACUGUGAGGCGACUGGACAAGAAAUUCCAUUAGUGGUCAAAAGUUGUAUACGUGCCAUAAACUUGUAUGGAAUGCAUCACCAGGGGAUUUUCCGAAUUCCUGGAGCUCAAGUAGAAAUUAACGAGUUCAAAGCAGAGUUUGAGAAAGGGGACGACCCGCUGGUUGACAUGGACCCGAGCGACAUCAACUCAGUAGCCGGCGUCCUCAAGCUUUACUUCAGGGAACUCCGCGAGCCUCUCUUUCCUCUGCCUCUCUUUGAUGAGCUUAUAUCAGGGAGUAAAUUAGAUGACACACAGCGAGUGGAGAAGAUAAAGGAUCUACUGGCGCCACUGCCGCGAUGUGUACUGGUGGCGAUGCGGUACCUGUUUGCCUUCCUGAAUCAUUUGUCCGAGUACUCUGACGAAAACAUGAUGGACCCAUACAACCUCGCCAUCUGUUUUGGACCAACGCUUCUGCCGAUUCCAUCGGACCGCGACCAAGUCUCGUACCAAGGAAAUGUCCACGAGGUCAUCAAAACCAUCAUCGUGCACCACGAGGAGAUCUUCACGUUUGAGGGGGGAGAGGUCUAUGAGAAAUGUAUCAUAGGCGAUCCAGAUGGAGAGAGUUAUAACGAUAUCACGGACACGGAGGCCGACCCCAGCUCUGUGGCCAGCGACGAGGAUGAAGACGAGGAUGGCUGUUCCCUAGAUGCUCAAAUCUUUGAGGCUGUAGCGCUGUACGACUUUGAGGGCCGGACAGGGAGGGAGCUGUCCUUCAAGAAACACGACACCCUGCUAGUGUACCACCGUGUGUCUCAGGACUGGUGGGAGGGGCUGUACCAGGGGAGGGAGGGGCUGAUUCCCGACCGCUACAUCUGCCUCAAACACCCUCCUGAGGAGCGGAGAAGUGUAACAGACGAGGACAGUGUCAGCCGCUUCUCGACCUUGAACAAGGUCAGUGCCUCGCAGCUCCCCACCAUCCUUGCUGAGACUGACCAACCCGAACAACCACCCCCAGAGUCUUCUCCCAAGGACAGUGUACCCGAGAAACCCUCCCCCCGCGUGACCCCCUCGGGAACCCCCCGGUCCUCAGUGGGAUCCCUGGAGACCCCUAUUCUCCCUGCAGCCAAAAAAAUGAGUUCUCCUAAACUAGAGGUGAAAAGACAGAAGGACCCAUUAAAAAUCGUAGAGGAAGAGGAAGUAAAGCUACGAGCGACGGACCACGAUGAGAUCAGUGCUGACAUUGACACUGCUCUGGCUAAAGUAGCUUCUGAUCUCCAUUCUCUGGAGAUGCAGCAGAGAUCAGACAAACGUAUGAGUCUACCGACCAUCAAACACACCCCCAAACAUACCCCAGACCUAGUUCUGGAUCUCCCCACAGAAGGUGCUAAUGUGUCCCCACAGGAACUCAGUGAGCCAGACAGUCCGACCACCACAGCGGACACGUUUGCUCAGUCUAAUCAGGGCACAAUGAAGAAGGCUAACUCCAUGCCAAGGAAUAUUUCGGGUCAGUUUCUGGAGGCAGACCAAGGUGGCUCAGCUUUCUACACAGGACAGGGGAUGGUGGGAUCAUUCAUCGGAAGGAAGAGGGGAGGGAGUGCAAGAGAAGGCUCCAACAAGGAUUACCCCCUUAUGUCAUCAUCUAUGACAUCAUCACUGACCUCAUCAGAAAAGACAUCAUCUAUGACCUCAUCGAUGACAUCAUCAAUGACAUCGUCAAUCUCUGUCCCACCUGUGGUUCCCCCUGGUGGUGUAACAGGAUAUAAACAACCACCCCCUGUAGCCGAAAAACCAAAGCUUCCUCCCAAGGUCAAACCCCAGGUCAUGAAGAAACCCUCGAGGUCUCCAGAGGUACAGAGGCGACACGCCCCACAACCAGCUUCCACUUUAGAUUCCAAACGGUGAUAAGUGAAAGUCAGACAGUGUUAAACUGAAAGUAGACGUGUGAAAUGUAUGUCUAUUUGUGUACUAAGGAAUAUUUUUAUUCAGAAUUCCGAAGUGAAUGGAUUUUUAUUUCCUUAUGUAAACACACAGGUGCAAUUGUACAAAAAGUUUUACAAUAGUUAACAUUACGGUCGUGUGAUUCUUCAGUGCAAUAUUAUACUUCAUGUGUCUGGGAAAACUUUGUUAGAACUUGAUAGAAAAGUUAAUGUUAUUUUAUUGUGCAACUGUUGCUGCUGUUUUUAUUGAGCUGAAUCAUUGUCUGUCUCACUUAGACAGAACCGGUAUCCUCUAAUGUCAAAGAGAAAUGUUAUAGUUUUAAAACUUCAUGCUCAAAACUGUAAGAUAUCUCAAUUCAUCCAAUUUUUAUAGCAUUCCUUGAUAAACAUUUGUCAUAUGAUAUUUUAGCCAAGUUAAUCAUAGUAUUAUGCUAGUGAACAAUUUUGUAUAAUCUGACAGCAUGUCAGACAUUUCUCAUCAAUUUACAAGUAAUUAUUCUUUAUUGAGUGACCCCUCCUCCCUUUCUAUUUUUCUCAUGCAUUUGAUCUCUUCAUUCUUUAAACUUUCAGCUUUUGAUGAUUAUUUCAUGUGCUUUUUCCGCUAUGUUAACAUAAAGAUGAUUUUACGUAUUGAAGGCACUCUGGCAUAAUACAGAAAAUGUCUGUGAUAAGCUGUCUCCGCGCUUCCCCCCCAUACACAACUACAGGGUUGUACAAAAGUUGAUACGCUGGAUACAAAACAACCACUUAUUCCGCAAUAUUGUCAUUCCUAAAUCAGUUUGAAGGUGCAAUGACAUAUCCAUGAUUGUUAGUUGAGUUAGGAAUUGUCUAAUUGUGAAUUUCUUAGUUCUGCAUUCAACCUCAAAAGGUUACUGAUAGUCCUCUUACUUUGAUAAAUGUGAACCAAAAUUUUUUCAUGAUAGAUUGAACGCUAUAUAAUAAUUCAUGUACACAUUCUUAUGUACUAUAAAGGUUAUGUAUUUAAACAGGAACUCAACAAUUUCUUGAUAGAUGACCUUGGACAAAAACUAAGGUCGUUUGCAAAUAUUGCCAAAACACAAGGAUGGAGUAGUGUAUCUGGAAACCCUUCAAGAGAUUAUUUUUGUACAUGUCUGUAGAAACAAUAAAACAGUAUUGCUGAUCACAUUGAGAGAGAGAGAGAGGACGAUUAAUUCAUCCACACAUUGACUGGUAGAUUAAGUCAUCCACACAUUGACUUAACAUUGUGCAUUAUUGACUAAGGUGCUAACUCCGUUCUCACAUCUCCGGAACAGGUAGAGAGGGCUCAAUGUUUGUUAGUAGUUUUGUUUUAUGGGUUGAUGUACUUAGUACUAAGUACUUAUUCUUUAGUAUGUGUUCUCUGAACAGCAAGAGGUGUAUCAUUUCCAUGUGUUCAACUAAUCAGAGAGAGAGAGUGAGAGUGUUGCCCUCCGGUCCAGCAGAAUGAGUCAUGGGAUUCAUCUGUCUGGUCAGGAGUUGUUUACUCAUUAUUUAUGCAGAUCUGAUUUUCAAAACAAUCGAAAAACUUCCAUUUAUAUGAGGCUUCAUAUUGUAAGUACAAAAAAAAUCAUUAAAUACUUUAAACAGCAA